AUGCGGACCGUGUCGGCGGCCCCUUUUGCACCAUCGUUCCAGGAUUUGCAGCGAGACGCGAACAGUGUCCUGGGCAGCAAUAAGAAGCAAGGACCACCAUGUCGUGCUCUUCACAGGAUGCCCCAAUCGUGCUUGUCGAGUUCAUCUUAUGAUAUGUGCUGCCUCCGACUGUUCGGGUAUUGCAUGCAAAUUCUCGGCAAGCCCUUCCUUGGGAGAGACACAACCCAAGGGACGAUUGACGAUGAAGUAAACUUUGGCGACGAGCCCACACGUGCGGCGGCUUGCGCCCGUCAGUGCGCCUGCAAUGACCGACUUGUCGCCUGCGAGUCAACGGCGCUGUCAGUUGGAGGUAAGGGCCCAUUAGCAUUUGCCGGGGAGAUCAGCGCCAGGGCCGUGGCGGCCGUGCUGACUCAACACUGA